AUGAAUUGCAUACGGACCAUAUUUUGUAAAGGCCGCCAGGCGGUCAAGGGUAAAAGCACACCCUUCCUGAUCAGCAGCAAUUUUAACCUUGUUGAAAGGAGAAAUAUUAACAUGGGUAUGAAGAGACUGAACAAGGAUGGCCCCGGUGAAGAAAUAAAUUACACGGCCAACCAACCAAAGGCAGUGCGUGUACCAAUAAUGCGAUUUUUCUAUGGCGUCAUUAUUCUAAUGGCAGUUGUCCCCAUAUGCCAGACCCUCUAUGAGACGAAUAAGUAUUACGAGGAGAACAAGCAUUUGUACGAAAAGGGACAGAGUUAG